UGUGUAACUGUAACCAGCACUCGCGCCGGUGCCACUUCGACAUGGCCGUGUACCUGGCCACGGGCAACACCAGCGGGGGCGUCUGUGACGACUGUCAGCACAACACCAUGGGCCGCAGCUGCCAGCUCUGCAAACCCUUCUACUACCACAGCCCACGGGCCGACAUCCGGGCCAGCACCGCCUGCGUCCCCUGUGACUGUGACCCGGUGGGCUCCCUGGAUGGCGGGGUGUGCGACAGCCACACGGACGUGGCGCUGGGCAUGAUCGCCGGGCAGUGCCGCUGCAAGGAACACGUCCAGGGCGUGCGCUGCGACAGCUGCAAGGAGGCCUUCUACGGGCUGAGCCACACCGACCCGCAGGGCUGCCAGCCCUGCAGGUGUGACCCUCGGGGCAUCAUCGCGGGCAGCCCCCCCUGUGACCACAUCAGUGGAGACUGCUACUGCAAGCGCUUUGUCAGCGGCCGGUACUGCAACCAGUGCCUGCCCGAGUUCUGGGGCCUGAGCAACGACAUGGCUGGCUGCCGGCCCUGUGCCUGCGACUUCGGGGGCACCUACAGCAACAGGUGCUCCAUGGAGGACGGGCAGUGCCCCUGCCGGCCCCACCUCAUCGGGCGCCAAUGUGACCAGGUGCAACCCGGCUACUUCUGUGCACCCCUGGACUACUACAGCUACGAGGCGGAGCAUGCCACAGGCCACGCACCCACCCACCCCAAGCUGCCGGGAGCGCUGCGCCCCGAGGCCCCCCCGGACUGCCUGGAGCAUUCCAGCGGGCUCCCCAACGGGCGGAAGGGGCGUCUGCGGCGCCAGCGCAGCGCCAUGCGGCUCCUGCAGCAUCAAGCCCUGCCCCGGCGCAGCCGGCAGCCCCAGCACAAGGUGAGGGGCUUCGGGGGCCGCACCUGCGCCGACUGCCAGGAGGAGCACUGGGGCGAGCCAGAGCGGGAGUGCAUGGCCUGUGACUGCGACCCGGCCGGGGCGGAGAGCCUGCAGUGUGAGCGUCUCAGCGGGCACUGUGCCUGCCGGCCCGGCUUCACAGGGCAGCGCUGCGACCGCUGCCUCCGCGGCUUCCACAACAACUUCCCCCGCUGCGACCGCUGCCCGCCCUGCUUCGCCCAGUGGGACCUGGCCCUGGCCCGGCUGCACGGCCGGCUGCGCCAGCUGCAGGAGCAGGCGCGGGCGCUGCAGGAGGGAGGCCCCGGUCCCGAGCUCAGCGACAGCCGCCUGCAGGACCUGGAGAGCAAGCUGAGGCGCACGGAGCGGCUG